AUGUCCAUCAGCAGUCGACGUUCCAGCACGUGUUAUAGAGGCCGAGCUGUAUGCUACUCUUAUACGUCGGAACGACGAUUGAGCGACAUUUCGGUGAUCACUUGGGCGACUUAUUCUACCGAUUCUGUCUUUUCGGACUACCAUGAAGACUUGGAAGAGUGCGAGCGUCCGGAGGAGAUUUAUUAUCAGUAAGUUUCUUCUUGGAAAAACUUUUUAAUCUACUUUAUUUUUGUGGUGAACUAGGAAGUUUUUGAACAUUUGAAGCCAUAAAUCUGAUACUCCAUAAUACUCCGUAUUAAAGAAAAAGUUCUUAAAAUACCGUUUUUCCCUCUGUGUCUUUUUUAAAUAACUAUGUGAAAGUAUGACUCAUACUGUAUGAGUUGAGGACUUGUGAAAAAGUUUUAAUUUGAAAAAAUUGUAUUUUUUCUUCGAUCUGGGAAUACAUUGGAAGGAAAAAAGAAACUAACAUGAUUUUCUAUUUUUUCAAAAAAUCGAGUUCCGAUAGAAAUUUUUGAGAUCAAGAAUUUCGAAAACUUUGAAAUUUACCAAAACCGUCAUUCCGGUGGGAAAAAGAGAGCGAAGGAAAAAAAAUUUAAUUUUUCGCAAAAUUAGUUUGAACCGAAAGAACCCCUUCUUCCUAGUUUUCAUAAAUAAAAUUCAGUACUACUUCUAAAUUUAAAACUCACCUUUAUUUCCGUCGAUACCACCUCCUGGGCCUAAAAUCAACUUUAAUACCUAGUUUUUGAAAAGUUUUGGAAGUCAACCCAAAAUCCAUGACCAGUUGAGUUCUGUACUUGCCUUCGUAUGUUUUUCAAAGAAGCUCAAAGUUGAUUCCAAACGUUUAGACUCGUUAUAAACCUCUGAGUUCUACGUUUCAGAGCGAAAAAUCAAGCCAACUCCGGUUUACGCAAGAAGUACCAUCACAGGGUGAAAAAUCUCUACUAUGACAAGUCUAAAUUCGACGGUGUUCUCAUCAAACAAUUCGCCAACAACGAUUAUUCUAUUGACGAUGUGAGUCUACAUUCUUUAAAACUUUGUAUUGAGAUUUGACUUUUAAGAAAAUGGCCGCCCACUUGACCGACGCCUCUAGAGCCGACGAAAUGGACUACUUUCCAGAGAUACCGUAUUCUGUUAAUAGAAUGAAGCGCUGGGAAUUGGUCAGUAAUCAUUACUGAAGUCUGUGUGCCACGACUUGAAAUUUCACGGAACGACAUUCCGAUGUUCCGCUGCGUGCGGUCGCGAAGCGUUUUUGCCUUUGCGAGCCUCGGUAGCGCUUUUUUUUGGGUUAUCAUCGCUGGUAGAUAGACUGCUUCACUGGGAAAACAUGAAAACCAAGUACUGAAAUGAAAGAAAAAACUAGAAGCGAGGCUUGCAAAGGCAAAAACGCUUCGCGACCGCACGCAGCGGAACAGCGGAAUAUCGUUCAGUGAAAUUCCAAGUCGUAACACACGUCUAUAACUUGAACUUGCAUUUUGUUGCUUUUUGAAGUUCAGAGGACUUUGUCAAUUAACGCGAAAUUUCAGAAAGAGAAGCCGGAAAGGAUCCUCAGAAAUACGCAAGACACGAUUGGACUGGACUCCUACGUGGUAGAAAGGCACAGCGGGGAGAGCCCUGAUUUCUGUGAGUUGAAACGGGUUUUUCAUUGAGAUUUUUGUUUUCUUUCAGACGUUCGAUAUCAUAAUCGCCACCCAAAUAUUUCCCGAGUUCAUUAUCUCCGAAAGCCGUGUUCGAAAAGAACUUGGACUGACGAUGAAGUCCUCGAGACGGUAACAACUCAAGGGAAUGGUCAGAAGGUGCGUUUUAGUUAUCCAAAAAGUUUUUUUUUCUUGAUCUCAUAACAAAUGAUAAAGUUAUGAAAACGAAUCUUGAUUUUCCAGUUCAACCACUUCCGCCCUGAGAGCCGUGAACUAUCCACUAAGAAAAAAGGAAAGCUGAGUCGUCAGGACGAAGUUCGCUCCAAGGAGAAACAUGAAUAUCCAGCUUGUGUGAUUUAUUCAUUCUUCUCGCCGUAUCACAUCAUGAACCUUAUGCCUGGCUGCAAUUACAAGUACUUUUUCGAUUAUGGUGAGCUUUCAAUAGAUCAUUUCCAGGCCUUUUUUGAAUUUUAUUAAACGUUCCCUGAUUUAUUUAUUAUAUCAUCAUCUUAUUAAAACUGAAUUUUUCAACAGUGACUUUAAAAAUGAGAAAUUAUUUCAAAACCGACGAUUAGGAGAAAAAAUAUCUACCAAGGUAUAAAAAAAUGUUAAGAAGUAUAACUGUUUGCAAAGAAUAAAUAGAAAUUUCGAAAAAUUAUCAUACUUUUUCCAAACAGGAUACCCUCAACAACGGUACGAGAACCGGUUGGCAAUCAAAUCGGAAAUGCUGGAAGAUAUGAGAAACGAGCUCAAAAUCUACAGUCCAGUGGAAGAUUUUGAAGAAAAUAUUGAUGAGCCUACCUUUUUCACAGAGGUCUAAAAAAAAGUCGAUAAAAGUAUUGAAAAUAUUUUUUUAAGAAGCCGAGAUCGUGUUUUUAACCUCGACGAACAUUUCGUGGAUAAAUUCGUCUACAUCAAGAGGAGGAAAAAUCGCAAGAUUAGAAAUUCCGAAAGCGUGGGUUUUUAUAUCUAUUCUGAACUAUGUUCUUCACUUUAUAUUCAUUUUUUUUAGAUUUCCGACUCUGAAGAAGGCUCAUUGAUUGAUCUGACCGAUUGUGAAUCAUUGGAUGAUUUCUGCAUCGUUGAAGACUUCAAUAUUCUUCUUCCCAAGGCAUUCGAUCAAGGAAAUUAUGUUGGUGGAACCCUUUUUUCCAAACCAAGGCUGAAAUUUCAGAUCGAUAAAAUCGUGGAAAACGGUCUCGGCUGGAUUUAUCUCGAAGAGUAUCGAAAAGAAGACGCGGAAGCGCUUGAGCUUGCAAAAAAGAGAAAACGGUCAGAUUUAGAAAUCAAAAAUCGUUUAUAUCUUUAUUUAUAGAAAGUCUGAUUCCAAACUUUCAAAUUUCAAAGAUUUUCAGGAUCCAAGCCAAGAAAUUGAAGAAGUUGAAGGACCGUGGAUAUCGAUAA